AUGGCGAAGGAACGGGAAGCACCGCGGGCGACUCGCGACCAGUGCCAUGUCGAAACUGAUGUGCUGCUCCCUUUCACGGCCCCCUGCGAGUACGAGAAGAAGGAGCCGCUCAUUCUCACGGAGCCUGAGGUGCGCCUCUCUCCUUUCGUCCCCGGAGACAAAGUGUCCCAUUUUUGCGGCCGCGAGCCGCGGCUGAUCGCGGCCGCGACCAAGCAGCUGGAGAAGCUGCCUUUCUACAUGUCCUUCUGGAACCGGACGUCCGAGCCCACGGUCGAGCUGGUGCGCGACCUCGUCCGGAUGUUCACCGCCGCCCCAAUCGGACGGGUCUUGUUCGCAAACAGCGGCUCUGAGUGCAACGACACGCAGAUGGGCUGUUCCCUCGGCCUGACAUCCCAUGGAAUUUUUGUUCCAAAAGUCGGCACGUGACCUGUUUGAGAGAAAGGAAUUCGUGCCGAUCGACGGAAAAGUCUCGUAAUGCCAAAGCCGAGCGGCUCGAAGCAUGUUUGCUUUUAUUUUCCUCUGUCUCGUUGCUUAUGCACGUGAAGUUCGUCCUGAUGUCGAUUAGCAAAGAAAUUCUGUGAGAAGGAGCGUGUUUCCUCUCAACCUUGUUGCUUUACCGUUCCUUUCCGGAGCUUUUAGAAUGCUUCGGAGUCUUUACGGGAUCAAAGGAUGUAAGGAGCGC